UCAUGCUGGUGAAAGAGAACCCUGUUCUGGUGGACGUGUCGGCUCUGGAGAAGUGCUACCAGGUGAUGGACCUGCUGUGUGAACAGUGCGUGAAGCAGGAGGACAUGAACGAAGUGCUGGCCAUGAAGAUGCACUACAUCAGCUGUAUACUGCAAAAGUGCCUGGUAUUUCUGCAGAAAUGUGACGACAAGCUGGACGCUCUUGUCAAGAGUCUGCUGAGGGGGAGAGAAAGCGACGGCUUCCCUCAGUACCAGGAGAGGUUCAUUCGGGACUGCAUUCGAAAGUUUCCCUACUGUGAGGCUACUCUUCUUCAGCAGCUGGUGAGGAGCUUUACAUCGGUAGAGAUUGGCAACGACCCGACGGCGUACUCGGUGCUGACCCAGGCUCUUACCGGUCAGAUGGCGUUCGAGGACGUUGACUAUUGUGUGACGUGCGGUGAGAAAGGAGCGGACAAGAGGUGCUCUCUUUGUAAAACAAUCACUUACUGCAGCUUGAACUGCCAGAGGCUUCACUGGUUCACGCAUAAAAGGAUGUGCAGGUCCCUGCAAGAGCAAGACGCCGAUCUGGACAAGGACACUCCGAGACUUAAAGAACUGAGAGAUGACGAAAGUGACCUGAUGCUGGAGACGGCACACUUUUUGCAGGAGCUGGUCCUGCGGGCGGAGGAGAAGGUGGCUGCUGCUGGGGGCUGCCCUGCAGAGCUGCUUUCCUGCCCGUCUGCCUCUUCAGAGGGGCCGUCCUUCGGCCAGGACUGAGGCAGAAUUAUUGCGUUGGUGUCCCGAACCAAUCAGUGAGGGACCAGCCGUGUCAGGAGGUCACAAUUUUUUUUGUAUAUAUUCAAACCAAAUUUGGCCGUGAUACCAAAGCUACUCAGGUACUUUUCAAAGACGUAAUGUUAGUAUUGAAUUGGACACACUGAGAGUGAGAAUUUUUUUAUUUUUUUUAAUUUUUGCUAGUAAUUAGACUUGCUUUUUUUGGCCAAAAAAAAAAAGAUUAGAUAUCAAGUGGGCCGGACCAUUAUAAUCGAAACAUAAUUUCCUAUAAAUAACAACAAGUUCAUGUUUUUCCCCUUUGUUUUCAUGCACAGAAGUACAAAUUUCCUAAACAUGAGGUGUACUUUUUGAUUUUCAAAAUUCAUCAAGUGGGCCGGUUUUUGGACUGCGGGUCGUAUGUUUGACACCCCUGUGUUUGAGACUGCUUAGAGAAGAUUUUAAAUAAACCUGUCACAAAAUCUACAGUGAAACAUCUGGCUUUUUGGAACGUUAUUGGACUCCCGACAGCAGAUGGCAGCAUUUCCUCUCUUUACACUCCUCCAAGCUUAGGACUAAAAUUGCAAAAUGGUCCAUUCAAACAUCAUCAUGAAAGGUUUUCACUGUCUAAACCAGGGGUGGCAAACAUAUGGCCCGUGGGCCAAAACCGGCCCGCUAUGGUGCUCAAUCCGGCCUGCUUGAUGAAUUUUGAAAAUAAAAAAAUAAUACACAAACACUUAGUGUUCAGGAUGCAGUUUUUAAAAUUAUUAUUAUUAUACUGUGCAUGAACCGAAACGAGUUUGACACACCUGAUUUUUUUUGGUAAUAUUUGUAAUUUCAUUCCCUUUGUGUAAUCAUAAUAUCAGUUUUGCAGGAAUUUAAUUGUUUUUAGAUCAAGUGAAGUGGAGUUUUUUUAAAGCAAAAGCUGUAAUUCAACAUGGGGGUACGUGGGGCUGUACAAGAAAGAAAAGAAAAACUCCACUGCGUCUAAGAUCGUAUUUAAAUACAGUUCUACUGAUAUGUUUAUGUUCUAAUCAUAUGCCUGAUUAAAAUUGCUUUGCUGUAUUUUUUUCCCCUCUCUCUUCUUUGACAUUUUGUCUUUUCUUUUUAGGAGAAAAAUGCCCUUGUAUUAAGAUUGAGGCUCACGGUGUGACAACAGGAAGACAGAUGUUGGUCAGUGCUGAAAAAUUAGGAGAGACUACUGUUCCGCCUCACUUUCUCACACAUGCUGAAUGUCCUUCGGCAGUCCACCCGAGCCGCGUCUCCUUUAGCCCCUUUUGUUCUCCGCUUCCAGCGCUCCGCUCCCGUGGAUGCACCCCGACAUCUGUCACUGUGGGGUGAUGGGCACAAGCAGCGAGCAUGGCCGCUGUCAUGCUGACUGUAAGUAGAGUCACAACUCAAGCCCCGGCCUUAUUUUUCCAGCCCAUUAUCCCCUGAUCCGCGUGUCACACUAACACUGGACGGCGGCGCAGCAUAAAAGCCCGAUCUCAAAUUUCCGGUUUUGAGAUGUAAAAAUUAGCAAAUGUUCUGUGGGAUCAAGUAACUUCGACUAUGUCCCUACAAGCCCCCCAGGUUUUUUUUUUUUUUCCCCCCCCCCCUUCUUCUAUCUCCCCUUAUCCAUACCUCCACUUUGAUGAUGGGAUGUCACAAACACAGCUUUUUGGGGUAACUGGAGCUCAUUUUUGAGUGCGAAAAAAACAAAAAAAAAGCGCACUCCACACCUCUGUGCAACAAUAAAGGCAUGGGCCUUUAUUGGACAGUUUUGGAGUGGAUUUAUUUUCAGUGGUAUCAAAGGAAAGACAAGGACAGCUGGAGUAAAAGUCAUUGUCACAGGGUCCUGGGAACUGCGUGUAAAAGGACACCUCAGGUCUUAGGGGCAAAGUUUCGGCAGGAUGAAGGCGCAGGGGAGGCUUUGUCAGGCCACUGUAUGAUUCGGAUGAUGGACGUAUGCAUAGAUCAUGUUGGUGAGCUCAUCCUCAACCCCGCCGAGCCAAGGCUCGUGGGGUCUCGGCGAAGAUCUUCGAUUUCAAAACAAAAUCUCGACGCGGAGCGCUCGCAAAAUCUCGUCAAAUCAGGAUUUCGCUGAAAUAACGGUCGUGACCGCUUCCCCCCCUUUUCCUUCUGCUUUAAUGUAAAAAAAAAAGAAAAAAAGACGUCAUCGAUCAAUCGAUCUUUCUUCUCAUCCAGAAAACACAUAUAACGUUAUUUCUUAUUUUACUGAAUGCGUCUUUUUUC